CCGCCAAAACCUUUUGAUAAACCUCAUCGCGCGUUUAGCUUCCAACAUUAUUUAAUACGGGCGACGCGAAAACGAUUACAUCGAUAUCGAAGCGGAUUCGCCAGUAAUAUGCACACCACCUGACGACUGAAUCUAUAUCCCGCCCUUCGUCUCUAACCCUCAACCAAGUUUGCGCCAGGACCCCGCCGUUAUUCAAUUUGCACAUCAAACAUCAAACGCUAGCUCCCCUCUAACGACACUUAUUUCUACACGACACCAUUUAAUAUCAAGAUGAUAGAGGACGAUAUGUCCACCCCCUCCGACGCCCAGGAGUCAUGGAUUGCCAGCUUCUGCGGCCUAAUGGGUCAUGAAUAUUUCGCCGAAGUCUCGGAAGACUUCAUUGAAGAUGACUUCAAUCUAACCGGCCUCCAAGCCCAUGUCCCCAUGUACAAGGAAGCGCUGGAAAUGAUCUUGGAUGUCGAGCCCGAAGAUGACGAGGAAGAGGAAGAAGAGGAAGAGGACGACGACGAUAACGAGUCUGCUCUCGGCGAGCACGGCCAGAAGCCCGUCGGCGAGAGAAGGCACCACAGCAGAAUGGCUAGCGACCUCUCUGUUAUAGAGUCCUCAGCUGAGCUGCUGUACGGGCUGAUCCACCAACGCUUCAUCUGCUCCCGCGUCGGCAUCCAACAGAUGAGUGAAAAGUUUGAGCUCGGCCACUUCGGCACCUGCCCCAGGACAAAUUGCGAACAGUCGCGCACUCUCCCUAUUGGCCUGUCUGACAACCCCGGCGAAGACACAGUGAAGCUGUUCUGCCCAUCAUGCCUAGAUGUCUAUGUCCCUCCCAACUCGCGCUUCCAGACCGUUGACGGCGCCUUCUUCGGCCGCACCUUUGGCGCUCUCUUCCUUAUGACAUUCCCCGAGUUUGACCUGACAAAGCGCGGCAUCGAGGUCGUCACACACUCCAGCGCCAAGCUGUCUGCCGACGAGCCCGUCGUCAACGGCAUGUACACCAAGAACAUUGCCCCCGGCCUUGGCCCCAAGCACACAUACAACCCGCGCAUCUACGGCUUCAAGGUCUCAGAGCGAGCCCGCUCAGGCCCCAGGAUGCGCUGGCUGCGCGACCGCCCCGAUGACCUCAACGAGCUCAACGAGGCGCGCAUCUACCACGAGCAGCACCCUGAUUCAGAUGACGACGACGCCGCGAUGGCUUUGAGCGGACGCCUAGCCGUUCGCCGCCGCCCGCCUGGCAACGCGCGACUCCGACAACGCCAGGAGCAAAACGGUAGCCCUAUGGCCAUGUCCACAAACGGCGGCGAGGCGGAGCUGUAGGAUGGCAGAAGCGGUAGCCUGAGUCUUGGUCGGAUUCGGGAGCUCGAGUUACCACCACGUACACCACCAGAGCCUGUCCCGUUCCGUGGACGGCCCAGAAGCAUUUCCAUCAGAGGACCUGCGCGCAGAGAAGGACUUGUCAGGCAUCCUCGGAGUCGAAGUAGACUACGGUGAAUUUCGCUUGAGCUUUUGGUAAUUGGGUGCGUGCUUUGGUGAACAGAGUUGGGUCAAUGCAUACAUCGGCGUUUUGGGGAGGUUGGCAGACAGCAAUUUUAUUUCUUUUUCACGUAUAUGAGUGUUUACUUUCCUUUUUGUGAGUGUUGCUGUAGCGGGAAAAUAUGUCUUAAUACUGUGAGUGUCUUGUGUGCUGUUUCUGGUGUAGAAGCAGCAGGUUAAUAUACGAAAUGCGGCGAUGCAGGCUACAUAUAUACAAGUCACAUAGUUCAAAGCGUGAAACAAAAAUUAGAGUGCUAUUGGAAUAAAACUAUCUACGGAUUGUUGAAGCUACUGCUUGGGUGAUCCCUUGCCUGGUGUCCAGCUUGCACCGCCCCCAAAGUUUGCUGGAGGGAUGCCAGCUUUCGACACAGGUGUUGACGGCGUAGUCAUAAGCUCAUCAGUGGGUGUGGGUAGAGGUGGUGUUUCUACCUGAGCUAUGCUCUGGUCUUCUUUGCGAGGAGGAGGUUUAAAGUUGCGCUCUCCUCCUUUACGGUAUAUAUCUUGGAGCAUGGUUUCGAGAAUCCCAGCGUCUUCAAACUCGAGAUACUUUCGAUACAGCUUCAGUGCAGCUCGUGCAUCUUCGAUAGAGUCGUGGGUUUCAAGCUGAAUCUCUUCGUUCAGUAGACACCAGGACAGGAAAGCCAGAGAGAGCUUGCGGAGUCGAGAUGGGAGGAAUAAGAGGUUGAUUGUGUCGAUUAUUUGUGCCUUUGGGACAUGGAUAUUGAUGACUCGGAAAUCUUGCGUGAGACCGUGGCCCAGAAACUUGCAGCCAAGGUUCAGUAAAACCCACAGCUUCUUGUAGACAAGCUUUAGUGGAAGGAGACUGCGUUUGGAAACUCUGGGAUCCAAGUCAUCUUUUGUAAUGCCAGAGAACGAGGUCAAGUAGUCGACGAUCGGUUCUUUGAUAGCGACGUAGUCGUCGAUGAAAGCUUGACCUUCAUCCUGGCCCUGCCCUCUGACUACUGAGGCACGAGCCAGCGCGUACACUAUGGGACGGAUGGUCCUGUGCUCUCCAUCAGAGUUCAUUUCAAUCUCAGGCUGUCGAAUCGCCACAAACUCGGUGUCAAGGGCUAUAAUGGUAUCGGGGCCUGGACGUUCCGUCUCGCUGUUCAAUGUUUGAUAGGUCUUUGUGGCAGGAUCAAGGUUAGGC